AGUGGUCAGACAGGGCUGAUACAGGAUGGCAGAGCUAAUAGGAGUAUCUAACGGUACAUGCGGGACGAACUGAUUUCUUCUAAUAUUUCAAGCACUGUGGGAGCGUGAGGCCUCGCCAUGCCGCUGGUGAAGAGGAACAUCGAGCCGCGUCACCUMUGCCGGGGAGCGCUGCCCGACGGCAUCGGCAGCGAGCUGGAGUGUGUGAUGAACAACACUCUGUCCGCCAUCAUUCGCCAGCUCAGCAGCCUGAGUAAACACGCAGAGGACAUAUUUGGCGAGCUGUUCAACGAGGCCAACAAYUUCUACCUUCGUGCCAACUCUCUGCAGGACCGCAUCGACCGGCUCGCUGUCAAAGUCACGCAGCUGGACUCCACUGUGGAGGAAGUCUCUCUGCAAGAUAUCAACAUGAGGAAGGCGUUUAAGAGCUCCACCACUCAGGACCAGCAGGUGGUGUCCAAGAGCAGCGUGCCCAACCCAGUCAGAGAGAUGUACAACCUGAGCGACAAACCUCCUCCUCUCACCAUCCUCACUCCUUACAGGGAUGAUCAGAAGGAAGCUCUUAAAUUUUACACGGACCCCUCCUACUUCUUCGACUUGUGGAAAGAAAAGAUGCUUCAGGAYACCGAGGACAAGAGGAAAGAGAAGAGGAAGCAGAAGGAGCAGAGGCGYUGUGUGGAUGGAACUUUGCAAAGAGAGGUCAAGAAGGUCCGCAAGGCGAGGAACCGUCGUCAGGAGUGGAACAUGAUGGCUCUGGAUAAAGAGCUGAGGCCAGACCAUCGACACACCAUACACCGAGACCGAGCAGCUUCCUCUGAGGGAUCGAUGUCGCCAGAGAACAGGGGUCACGGCGCAGAUCAGCAUCACUACCCCAACAGUAUGAACCACGCGGGCCACGCCCACACGUACUCCGGCCCGCCGCCCAGCGCGCUGGCCGCGCAGAUGGCGGCUGGACACGCCCCUCGUGGAGGAGCCGAACACGACAGAGGCAGGACUAUGAUGGCCUAUCAGGGGGGCACGCUGGGCCGCGCUCACCACCACCAGGUCCCCCUGCCUCCUCCUCCGGCUGAGGCCAUGAACGGUGGCUCCAUGUCUCUCCCACCUGUGGACUACAGUAUGGACGGCUAUGCCAACACCGCCCCACCUCCCCCUCCUCCUGCGCCCCUCAUACCUUCUGCUCAGACGGCCUUUGCUUCACCACCCGGAGGUCCGCUGCCUCCCGGGACAAUGGUCGCCGGCGCCAGCGGAUACGCCCCACCUCCAGCACCUGUGUCUGGAGGCCAGGCAGCUCCUCCUCCGCCUGGCCCUCCACCUCUGCCCGCUCCAGCUGGUGCCUCCCACUUCACCACGCACAAGAUGCUGCCCGCUGCACCGGCUGAGAACACGGUGAUCAGCGACGCUCGCAGUGACCUGCUGGCUGCUAUACGUAUGG